AUGCCGGUCCUUAAGAAUCCUUACAAUCUCAAAAUGGCCAGCCGGGAAGAGAGCAGCGGCGGGAUGCUCAUCCUGGACCAAGAGAGCAGGGGCACCAACCCCUUUGAGGAAGACCUCGAGGAGAAUGAGAGAGACUCCUUCCUUGGGGACACGCCCCCCAAGAGCGGAGAGCCUUCCCCAGAGGACAGGAGUGACUUCCCCGGGGACCUGUUCAACAGCAGCCCAGAGGGGCGCUACAGGCGCCGGGCAACCCUGGAGAGGCUGGUGGGCUUGUCCCCCUUCCGCAAGGGCAAAGGCAAGAAGGGCGGGGGCAGGGACAAGACCCCCAAUGGGGAGAAAGGGCCCGAGGGGAGGUCCCUGCUGGGCCGCAUGAUGCUGCCCUUGCUGGAGGGCAACCAGGGCCAACGAAGUGCGGAGAGGAAGAAGAUGCGCCGCAGCUCCGAGGACUUCAGCCUCCUGCAGCGCUUCAACGGGCGCCGCAAGGAGAGCCUGUACAACUUGGAUUGCGGCCUGGUCGAGAAGGAGAACAGCGGGGGAGACACCAUCAAGCGCAUGUCCUUCCUCAAGAUCGGGCUGGUGGGGAAGGUGCGCAGGGCUUCUCUGGUGGAGAAGCUCAACCAGACCGACACCCUGGAGACGGCGCCAGUUGCGGAGGAUGUAGAGCCGGUCAAGGCCAAGGAGCCUCUUUCAGUUCUGGAGAUCCUGAACCUCAUCCAUCAGAGGGACCUCGUGACCGCUGACGAACACAUCAUCGAACUGGAAGCGGAGUGUGAUCAAGAUGGUCAGCAGAGCCCGGAGAACCGUGAGAUGCGGAAGGAUGGGAGCCGGAAGGCCAAGGACGUGGCCCUACUCUACGAAGCCCUGCUGAAGGAGCUCUGGGCCGUCUUGGCAGAGGCGCUGACUGCCAAGGGCAUGCAGCCAGAGCUGGAGCUCAUGGUACGGGUGAUACAGCAGGAGGAGGAGACGGACCGCAGGUGGCUGGAGUCCAAGGGGGGCACGGUGGAGGGAAGCCGGCCCCGAGCCAUGAAGAAGCAGUGGAUGGAAGCGGUGAACAAGCUGGUGUGCCAGAGGUUGUGCCAGUGCACUGAAGGCAGGGCCGGCCCCGUGGCCGCGCUGAUGGACAGGCUGGCCAAGUGUGCCUGGGAGGACCUUUGCGCAGUGAGGUUCCACCUGCUGCAUGCUUAUCCGAAGGAGUACGAGGCCUUCAGUGUCUAUCUGUGCAGCUACCACCAGGGGCUGGCAGAGCGCUUGGCUGAGGUGGUCCAGAAGAGCAUGAACAUCUCUGAGCUGUACUUCGUCUUGGACUGGAACUGCAACAUCUACCAAAGAGAGGUGUUGGGCCGAAGUGAGAUUGCUCCCCUGGUCAACAAGGCCCAGAAGUUGGGCCCGCUGCUGCCCCACGAGACUCAGCUAAGCCUGGAAGAGGACUGCAUCGCAGCCGUCAAGGCGAAGAUCAUGGAGGACAUGAAACAAGAGCUGCAGAAGGAGGAAGAGAAGUGGUCCCAGGAGGAAGCCAACGACUCCCAGUCCUGCCUGUCCAGCAAAAUCAUCCCCGUGUUAAAGGCUCACACAGACCGAGCCCCCCAGAUCACGGCAGACUUUGGGAAGAGAAUGGCUCAGUGCUGCCUGAACUGCCUGGUGGAAUUCCUGCAGAGUUUUCAGAAGAAGGUGGAAAAUUUCCACGGGAGGCAAGCAGAAAGCAUCUUAACGGCUGACAGCUACAUGAGCCGGACCAUCGCGCUGGUCAAUUGCUGCCCACCCUUCCAGAAAUACGUCAGGGACUUGGCAAGAUUUGGUCACCCCGAGAGCGAGAAAGCAGAGGGCCAGGCCAGCGCCUGUCUGGACAGGGUGACUCGGCUCUGCAACCACACAUUGGCCAGCCAGCUCUUUAAAAACCUGAAGCCUUACUUCCACAAACUGAUGAAGAGGAAAUGGCUGAACAACUCCGAGGCCUUCUCCACCAUCAUGGGUCUUCUCUUGGAGCAUGCCCAGAAGAUGAAGAAGAUGAAGCUGGAGCCAUACCAGUUGCUGGUGAAAGACGUGCACCACGGUGUCCUCACUGAAUACAUUCGCCCCCUGAUGCGGGUUCGGAUCAUCUGCACAUCCUCAAAGAUGAGGUCAAAAAUGGCCGCCAAGCUGCGCAGUGAGGCUCAACAGCUCCAGGAAUUCUUCGCUCAGCUGAAAUCCACCUCCUCCUGGCUGGACUCCGCCGUACCACACCUGGCCGAGAUGAUCGAGCUGGAAGACACACCGGCCGUCCAGAUGGCAGUGGGGUUCCUCGCCAAAGACUUUCCUGACGUGCAGAAGAAGCACGUGUCGGCCAUCCUGGACGUGCGAGGCCUGCGGAACCAAGUCCAGCGCCAGGACAUCCUGGCCGUGAUGGAGGGCCUGGAGAAGACAGAGGAGGAAGACUUGCCCCGCCAGGAACGGGCCUUCUUCUCCAAGAUCCCCACCAGUGAGGUGUCCUGUGUCCAAGUCAAACUGCAGCACCUUUCGCACGUGGGUCACGCCUGCCUCUCCCGGCUGCGCUGGAGGCCCAGGCGGCAGCGGCAGCGGCAGCAGCGGCCCAAAGAGCACGAGGCUGAAUCACAGGUGUAA